AUGGCGCAGGAUCUUCACGACUUUUUGCGGGCCGGUGCUCGCACGGGUCAGCGCGAGAAAUCCGCAAAAAGGAUAAAUUUGACCUUGAAUGGACUUGCUCGACAGCUGGGACUUAAUGGAUCAGUUCACAUGUUCGGUUCCUUUUCGAACGGUUUCAAGACCGGAACGUCAGAUCUGGAUGUGGUGUUCGUGGGAAGUGUAGAAGAGAGCGCCAUCACCAUCCUGCAGAAAUUUGCCGACCGUCUGGACGGUCUUGGCUUUGACAACAUCACGAAGAUCUUCCAGGCAAGUGUGCCCAUUCUCAAGCUCACUGAUCGUAAGGACAACAUGGAGGUCGAUUUUUGUAUCAACAACGAGCUGGGGGUCAGAAAUUCCCUGCUGCUGAACACGUAUUGCAAGUACGAUCAUCGAGUUCUGCAACUUGGUCGUGUGGUGAAGGAGUGGGCGAAGAAACACGAGCUGGUGGGCACGGCGGAUGGGUGCCUCAACAGCUAUGCGUACAUGCUGCUUGUGGUUUUCUUCCUCCAGAACGUGCAGCCGCCUGUUGUACCAAACCUGCAAGCCAUGGACUGCGAUCCAGUUCCUGUGUCAGACCGAAAGUGGGGCGCCGAAGAUAUUUGGGAGACGAAAUUCUUCUUUGAUGUUGAUUCCAUCCCGAAGUCGGAGAACGAGAUGUCGAUCGGUGAGCUUCUGGCCCACUUCUUCCACUUCUAUACGCGAGAGUUUAAUUGGCGGCAGCAUGCAGUUUGUAUGCGCUUGCAGAAGCCUGGGCAGUAUGUCGACAAGUACUCUCUGGGUCUUCCUAUCAACGAAGAUCAGUGGUAUGUGGAAGAUCCGUUUGACCUGAAGCACAAUCUUGCAGGGAAGUGCAGCCGAGCAAGCAAGAAGCGGAUCCAUGACGAGAUGAACAAUAGCCUGAACAUGCUUACAACCACCGGCCGAUGGCAGAAAUGCUUGCCUGCGAACCCGAGUACGGACUAUUUUAUGAAGUGCCGCAUUAGCCAGAACGUGACUCCGCAAGCCCUUCUCGAAGAGUUCGAGGGCUGCGAUCUGGUCAAGCUGCAUUUUCCGAAGUCCGAUGGCUCCGGCCGACUGCCACAGGCAUUUUUACAGUUUGGUGAUGCAGCUGCCCGUCGAAGAGCUCACACCAAGAACGAGAAGUACGUUUCAGAUUGCCAGCUCCAGCUGCACUACAGCACGCAGCACAGCUUGGCAGAAGCUAUUCAACAGUGCCAUUUUUCGACCUAUGAGAUGGCAUCCUAUAAGAUGCAGCGGCAACUUUUGCGGGCUCGUAUGGGGCAGACGCAGGAGAUGCCGAAAUCGGCCAGCAUCCCGGAUGAAUCAAUGCCUGUUCAGAUGGGCCGGAUGAAGGACAUGUCACAGGAGUCUGUCAUGUACAGCGCUGGUGCUUACGCUAAAAUUCCACCACCGCCUCCUCCGCAUCCCAUGACGUGGGAUUCAAUGGUGCAGGACUACUCUCUAUCUGAUCAGCACGCAAACGUGCUCUGGAUGUUUCAUGACAGCUUCUGCCCGGUACUUCUUGUCGAUGUUCAGGAUCCUUCCAAGUUGCAGAUGCGACCGACGAUGAUGCCCAAGGCAUGUUGGCGACCAGUGUCAUCUGAGCUGAGAACUAUGGCUUCAGGUUGA